CCUCGGUCACGUGACCUGCAUGUCCUUGGUUUGGCUAGCUUUGACAUGUGAGCUGCAGAAACAUGUCGUUCCCCAAAAAGCCUGGUGGCAAAGCGUUUGACGCUUUGCAGAACCUUCCGCGGAUAUCACUAGCGAACUUGCGGCCUGAACCAGGAUCCACAAAGCCGGAAAGGAAGCGGGGCAGAGGGCAGCAUGGUGGUAAUAGAAGCGGCAGGGGGCAUAAAGGAGAGCGGCAGAGAGGCAACCGACCCCGGCUUGGAUUUGAGGGGGGUAAUACCCCCUUUUACCUGCGCAUCCCGAAAUAUGGAUACAAUGAAGGACACAGUCACCGGCCUCAGUAUCAGCCUCUGUCACUGAAACGACUGCAGUACCUGAUUGACCUGGGACGAGUUGAUCCCACACAGCCCAUAGACCUGACCCAGCUGGUCAAUGCCAGAGGAGUGACCAUCCAGCCAUUAAAGAGAGACUUUGGAGUCCUGCUGGUUGACGAGGGUGCUGACAUUUUUGCUGCAAAAAUCAACAUAGAGGUUCAGAGAGCUUCUGAAGGAGCCAUAGCUGCUAUUGAGAGGAAUGGAGGAGUCAUCACUACAAGUUUCUAUGAUCCUUUAAGCCUCGGGAUUCUCAUCAAGCCUGUGCCGUUCUUUUUGCGAGGGCAGCCCAUUCCAAAGCGAAUGCUACCAGGGGAGGACAUGGUCCCGUAUUACACAGGUGCUGAAAACAGGGGUUACUUGGCAGACCCGGAGAAAAUCCAGCAGGCCCGGCUGGCCCUGGCACAGAAGUAUGGAUAUGUUUUACCAGACAUUUCAAAGGACGAACUGUAUCACAUGCUCGCCAUGAGGAAGGAUGUUCGACAGAUCUUCUUUGGCCUCGCUCCAGGCUGGGUCGUUAACAUGCCAGAGAAGAAAAUACUGAAACCAACUGAUGAGAAACUUCUGAGAUAUUACAACUCUUAUUUGUGAGGAGAAGCCUCUGUCCAAUAUGGUGGCAAGAAUCAGAAAAAUCUGUUUAUUGUUGCAUCAUGCUUCUUUUUUAUAUAAAAAGUGUGUAAAAACAUCACUGUUCAAGAAUGAAGAAGUCAUUAAAGUUAAUCUGAAAAUCUA